UCUGUAGUUUGUUUGUCUUUGCUAUAAUUAAAGGAAGAGAAGGGGAAGAUGGGAGCUCUUGAUUACCUUUCCAAUUUUUGUACCAUCACCACAGUCAGAAACAAACGCAAACCAAUGCAGACAGUUGAGAUCAAGGUGAAAAUGGACUGUGAUGGCUGUGAAAGGCGUGUGAAGAAUGCUGUCAAAUCCAUGAAAGGUGCAAAAACCGUUGAAGUGAACAGAAAGCAGAGCAGGGUCACGGUUAGCGGUUAUGUGGAUCCAAACAGGGUGUUAAAGAGGGUGAAGAGCACAGGGAAGAGGGCAGAGUUCUGGCCAUAUAUCCCGCAGCAUCUAGUUUACUACCCUUAUGCGCCCGGUGCAUAUGACAAAAGGGCGCCUGCCGGAUUUGUUCGGAACGUCGUUCAAGCUUUUCCGGCAGCUGCCUCCCAUGCUCCUGAAGAGAAUUUUGUGUCCUUCUUCAGUGACGAUAACGUGAAUGCAUGUUCCAUCAUGUAAGGGAUUAGUUCUGUUUGGGGAAAAUGUUUUUUUCCUUGCUUCUUCCUUAAGCAACUGUGGUCCUUCCUUUGAUGUAAGCAUAUAUUUGUGUAAUUCUCGCUCCUUUUAUAAAUGGUUUAUAAUUUC